CAUUUAUUUGUUUCUUGAUGAAAAUGCCACCUGAAUAAUAAGCUAAGUGAUUUCGACUUACCCAACAAAACAUUCACAAAUUACGUAUUAGAGAACAUGGAGAAACAUAUCACAAUCCAGUAUGUGCAGGAAGCAUGAGGCACGAAAUCAUACAACUUACAGAUUAUAUCGUCAGAAAUGAAUAAAAUCGGCAUAGGCUUUUUCUUUGGAUGAUAGCGGAUAAUCAACAUCGACAGACAUCUUGUCCAUGAUAAACCCAUAAACAAGUGGAAAUCUGCAUGGUAUCGGUAGUCGGUAGAUUCCUUGGCCAAUCGGUAGAUCUACCCAAAAGUCGAUAGACCUGGCAUCGCUGUAUGUCUGUGAGUUGAAGUCAUGGCAGAGACAAGUACUUGUCUCUGGUCAUGGAUAAACACAGCUGUUUUUGACAAUCAAGUUGUGUAAUUGUUGACUAUUUCUCAUUGUUUACUUGAUUGGUUAUGGAUUUAAUUACUAAUAACUACCUGCAAUUAAUAAUUCUAUCGGUGUAAUCUCUUCGUGUACCGUUAUUUUCCACUCUAAAAGCCCGCCUAUGAAUUUGGGACUGUUUAAUCGUAUGAACCUCAAGGAAAGCGGUGAAAAUAAGGGGAUGUACGGAGAAUGGACAUCGCUAAACUUGGUGGCUCAAGAUGGGGAAUCAGAAGGGCAAAGUGUGUUGGAAAAGUUUGACUUGCCAAUCAGCAAGGAAAUCACCAUUGGUCUGGUUAAGCAAUUGGCAGGCAAUUUAAGCAUCACUCAAUCCCCAGAACCAAGUAUUUUAACCACCGACAGAGAGGUACAGUGGUCUAUGGAAGUACUGUGCUUUGGGCUCUCUCUUCCAUUGGUCGAACAUGAUGCAAUUAAGGAUUGUGCAAAUGUAUACUGUGAAUGGCUAACUGCACUACUUCCUGAACCAAAAAUUUGUGUCCCUCGACCCAUUACUGAAGAUCCCAACAGUUAUGCCAGGAAAAUGAUAUCGCAUUUGCAUUAUUUGUUUGUGCCAAGGAAAGGCGAAGAAAUGAUUCCAGGGCCCGAUACGAUUCACCGACAAGCCGUUUUAUGCCAUCGAGUGUUGCGCACUUUACAAGAUAUUACGCACAAGUCGAAAAUCCUCGAUAGAGAAACUUGGGAAACCCUCCUGCUCUUCCUACUGACUAUCAAUGACAUUCUUUUGUCUCCUCCCACUGUAAAAGACGAUGUAGCCGAUCAACUUUGCGAGCGCGUGUUGAGCGUUUUAUUUGAGAUUUGGUUGAUUGCGUGCGCUGACUGUUUUCCUUCGCCACCUCUUUGGAAAACUCUGAGGGAAUGCUGCAUGAAUUGGCGCCAUCGAGUGGCUCUAGUAGAGCAGUGGAAUCGAGUGAAUCUGGCAUUGACGUCGAAAGUGCUAGUUUUCAUGUACGGAGCAAAUUUUCCUGAAUUGAAAAUAGCAGGGGAAGAGGACCUGAUUCCGAAGAAGAUGUCCAAUGAUUGCAUCGCGCAGAGUUGGUACAGGUUUCUUAAUACUAUCGGAAAUCCUGUUAGUUUAACCAAGCCGGAGGUGAUAAGUCAGACGCAAAAAUUCCUCCAGUUUGCCAUUAGUACUGACGGUGUGGUCGAUCCAUGCCAACAUCCCUGCCUCCAACUGCUACCGGUGAUUUUCUUGAAAGCCAUCAAGGGAAUUGCUGGUCAAGUUGACGCCUUUCUCGGCAUCGCACAACCGAUCUGGUGGGACACCAUGGUGAUGGGUACCAGCACAGAAAAGACACGUGGCGAGGCGCCCCCUCCAAUUAUGACGCACUCGCCCACUCCUCCCACCCAGCGAAGGCUGGCUAAAAGUUUUAGCGUUGCACAAUCUUCUAGUUCCAAGGGUAUUCCGAGGUCUUCAUUAAUAGGCCUUACCACCAGCAGAACAUCAGUGGUAACCACCAGCGCCCCAAAUAGCGGGCCACCUUCUGCUGGAAGUGUUUCGUCCAUGAAUUCGUUUGGAGUUGAAGCUAAAGCAACUUUAGCGCCCGGAAGACCGAAGUGUAAUACCAUUUUACAUCUAUUUGGGGAGUGGUUUUUUGAAGCAGCCUUUAUUGGGUGUGAUAUACAAGGGCAACAUAGCCGUCAGGCCAGUGGUUCCUUUAAGCGCCCCAAUUCCAUGGUGAUUGAGAGUGGUAAAAGUUCCCUGAGCUACUCCCAGCCCAGCUCUUUAUCCGAUACGGAACUUCCUCCAGGUUUGACCAUCGACAAGUAUGAAAGUGGAAAGGCCGAGGCUUUGGGUACUUUGUGUAGAAUAUUUUGUUCGAAAAAAACCGGAGAAGAAAUUUUGCCUGUAUAUUUAGCUCGCUUUUAUCUGGCUGUUACACAAGGUUUAAAAUCAAACUCCAGCUCUAGAGAGUGUGGAGAAUGCAUGGUGGCCAUUUUAAUGAACUCCUCUAAUAUAUUCAGCCUGGAUUUGGACGGCGUUAGGAGCUUAAUUCCUGCAUACAUAUCGGCGUUGGAAAUUGUGUUGCCAGAUAAAGAUUUGAAACUGGGCUCUAAUGUGAACAAAGUUGAGUUAAGGAGAGCUGCAAUACAUGUGCUACUCUCCAUUCUAGUGCUGCCUUUGCAUUUCCAAAAUUGCCCCAUAAAGGAAUUAUACAACACUGGAUCCAGCGAAAAAAUUGUGAACUUCGCCAUGCUAAAGUCUAAACUAAUGAACCUUCUGAUGAACGCCCUACAUGUGGAAUAUGAUCCACAAAACACUCAUAUGCUACUUGGAGGACUAUUGUUGUGCGUCCAAGACUCUGCCUUGUAUGAGAGUGCGGAGCAGAUCACUCAGUCAGUAACCGAAGUUCCAUCGAAUCUAUUGAGCAGUGCUUCAGACACUGCCAGUACAAUAAGCAUGGCUAGCAGCGACCGUUCUUUGACUCCUGAUCGUCGAUCCACUUCCGAAAUUCAUGAUGCCCCUUUAGAUUCAAUCCAUGUUCUUUUCGGUCGAGCAAUCUAUCUUGUGUGUCACAGGCUCAUCUCGUCCUGGAAAACUGAUCUGAAUAUUUCCUUAGCUGCGUUGGAACUUUUGUCUGGUUUGGCCAGGAUUCAUAUCAAGGAAUCUGCCAGGAAACGUACAGAUGCAAUGGAAUGCAAAAGAGCAGUAAAAUGGCUAUGCGACUACAUCGUUCAUCAGUGUUCCAGGCCGCCUCCAGCCCAUUCAAAAGAUCUGCACUCUACAAUUGUGGCUGCUUUUCACUGCUGUUCAGUGUGGCUGUGUGAACACCCCUACUUACUGAAGGACAAAGACUGCUUGACCACCGUAUUGGAGGUUUCGGAACUGGGGGUAUCUGGAAGCAAAUCAGUGGGAAAACCCGGCGAGCCGAUUAAAAUGAAAGAGGAAAAAGAACUCAAACCUGCUUCGAUGAGAGUAAGAGAUGCUGCCGAGAAUUUGCUCACUUGCAUUUUGGAGCAAGUCGCCUACUUUCCCAACCACUGCGGGCCUGAAUCCAUCAGUUCGUUGUUGAAUGAAAUUUCCCUCUUGAGGCAAUGCAGUUCCUCUAACGCAACCUACAAAGAUCUGAGCAGCGCCGUGGAAAAAUUCAGGUACUUUGUAACGGAAGGAUCAGUCAUGCUGGCUCUUCUAGAAGAACCUCUGGGAAACGACCAGGAUCCUCAACCCACAGUAACUAUUUUGAUUCGCGGGCCUUUUGGAAGACACGCAUGGACAAUGCAACUAAGACACCUUCCGCGUCACAAAUCGGGUGUGAAAUCCUACUCUUCGAACGCAUGUAGACCAGUGGCCAUGCAAGACGCACCCGUUAGACCCCCAGUGAAGCAAAAAUAUUUUCCCGAUAAUGUGGACCGAGUGCAGCAUUGUCAAGUGGAUGAGUCGAUUCCGACUUUGGAAACUCUGUUGGAGAACAACGCAUCGUUGAAAGAUGAAUCAAAUCUAAUCAGCCAGCUGUUGAAUAGGCAAAGCAGUGUCGAAUCAAAUCUGCACAAAAUGCAAAACCACGCCUCUGAGGAAUGCAUUCCGCCGCCUGUAUGCCAUGAGUUUCAAACUGCUCGGCUUUUCUUGAGCCACUUUGGACUUCUAACUUUUGAUGAAGAAGAAAAUGAACACUCAACAUCCGGUUUGGUAGCCCUGGACAGUAGCGCAACAGAAUUCUGCAAAGACCUCCAAAUCCUGGAUCAAAUGAGCCCCAGAACAUGCGACACUGUUCACAUAUUCUACGUAAGAGCGCAGCAGACUAACGCGCGAGAGAUUGUCGGAAAUAUGCUAAAUCCCAGUGUAAUUUCACCGUAUUUCUUCGAGUUCAUAUAUUCUUUAGGAUGGGCUGUAGAUGUUGAAAAACACCCCGGCUGGACUGGCCACAUAUCUACUUCAUGGGAAGCCACAGUUGGGGCAUCGCCAGCCACUGAUAGCAGCGCUCAGAAGUCAUACGAUGGAACCACUCACGUAUUAUAUUGGGCAGAUGCAUGUUCCGAAAUUGCUUUUGUGGUUCCAUCCAGUCUCAAACAGAGCGAUAUGCAGAGGAAAUUUAACACCAACACUCUCUCGUCCUGGAAUGAAAGUUCUUGGGCGGAAGCACCAAAAAGAGCCGACAACUCCGAACUGGACAAACACCCAAUUCCUCCAAAACGCGGAAAUAAAUCCAACAUUCAGUCCGAUACCAACACGAAAAUAAUGCUUGUUUGGCUCGAGAGUUUCGAGGACCAUCUAAACUUGCCUAUAGAGGAUCUCUUGGAAUCGAUGAACACUGGCUUAGAGAAAUCUUCGGCUAUCAAACCAAGCGAAGUUUUGGUUAUUUAUCUGCAAUUUUUGUCUACUGGACUAUUUAGAAUUCAUCUGCAGGGAUCCACUGGACGAGUAAAUCUGGCCUCACCUCUUGUGGAUGGUAUGAUUGUAAGCCGCCGAAGUUUAGGCUCCUUAGUGAGGCACACUAGUCUUAAUAUGGCAAGACGGAAGAGAUUGGACUUGGACAACUACCAGCCCCCACAUUUACGCCGACGACUUAAAAUCCAAGAAAUUGUGCAGAAAUACAAAAGAGAAAUGACAAAGCCCGAGUUGCUAACUUACCUAUUUAGUAGCACUUAACUCUACUGCUAUUGUAAGUAUUACCGAUAGAAAAGGUUAAUUAAGUUAGGCGGUAUUUUUUUCAGUAUUUCAACUUAUUUUUACAUUGUUAUUCCUAAUACAUAUUUAUAUUGAA